CGAGGUGAUCGCGAACGUUGGACGUUUGUAUGGAACGAUUUCACGAACGAGUUUGAGUGAGAGUUCCUGUGACGGGUUGAAUCAAAUGGAAAACCUGAAAACUUGAAAACCUGACCACCCAUUCCUGUUCCAAAAGAGACGAUAGUAAAUUGAACGAUCGGAUUGAAUGUAAUUAUGACCUUUGUUACUAAAAACAGGACGUUGGAAGUAUAAGAAAAAUAAGUGAUAAGUGGGUAUAUAGUAUAAUCUUCAGUUUCAGUCUACAAUGACAUAAAUAUGUGAAAGUCAAAAUUAUCACAAAAUAUAUCACUAAAACACACAAGAAAAGAGUUAUUUUGAAUAAUCAGUGAAUGAUUGAAUAAAAAAAAUGAAUGAAAGUGAUUGAUGUAGUGAUUCAUUGAAACAAAUAAGUUCGUAUAGAGUUGAAAAUAGCUUGUCGAUAUGAAGUUGUUCUACGAUAGUAAGGCGAAAUCGACGAAUAGUUGUAUUUGGACGUUUACAAGGCCGGCAAACGAUAUGACGAGAAGUUCGUUUGUGUUCAUAGCACUGCUGAUCCUGGCCACCGUUAACAAGGUCCUUUGUCAAGACUUAGAAUUUGCUCCACAUGUUACGGCGACAUGUAAAUCUAAUGCGAUGAAUAUCCGAAUCCAGCUUACUUCGCCGUACAAUGGCGUAGUUCAUGCACGAGACUUUCGAACUCCGGCCUGCAUGACUUUCGGCAACGGGUCAGCGGUUGUCACUCUCAGUCUCAAUCUACUAGCCAAACAGGGCAGUAGCGAAUAUUGUGGUAUUCUGAUCAGCAACAUGAAUGGUGGCGAGCGAUCUGAAGAACGUUCCGUACAGCUAGCUGUUCGUGUUCACAAGACAUUGGAACUUGCUGACGACAAAUUCUAUGUUAUCACAUGUGGGAAAACCGGCUUCGCUAGGGAUGAUAACUCACCAGUGGCUCUAAAAUUCUUCGAGAAUGAUCGCCGAAUUCAGGAAACUGUGUAUGGACGCAAAUAUACAGUGAAGGCGGAAGUAACCCAUCCGAACGGAACGCAGGGAAUCAGGGUGAAAAACUGCUUUGCUUUCAAUAAGAAAAAUAGCAGUAUUGCAUUAAUCGAUGAGCGAGGAUGUUCAGUUAUCAACAGUGGAACAACAAUUAUGACAAGGUUCAAAACUGCUUCAAACGGAACGACAGCCGUUGCCAUGUUGAAUACGAUGUUUCGAUUCCCAGAAGGAUCCGAGGUACACAUCCAAUGUGACGUCGUUCAGUGUAAUGGUCUCUGUCCUGUUAUUGAGGAUAGCGCAUGUUUAGAGGAUGCAUCCGUUGCCACAAAUUCCGGACGAACGUUGGGGCAAGCCGAAGAAGGAAUACUGUUGGCUGCUUCUACAAUUUUUAUACUGGAUCCAAUUGAUGCCAAGGCUCUUGGACCUCUUUGUGAAGACAACAGUGUUCGACCACAUUGGCUACUUUGGCUAACGAUCGCUCUGGCAGUAUUGUUCCUAAUAAUGUUGUUAAUGAACAUCUUCCUUUGUACUGCUAUGAGCUGUAGUUGUGCGAGAACUGAGAUAAUCGAAAAAGAGCCAUCAAUAAUAGAAGAGUACGACCCAUAUAGAAGCUGGCAUGGUUCCCAGUAUGGUUCACGAUAUUCACUGCACGGUCGUGAUGGUGGUCACAAUAAGGGUUACACCAGCGGAGGAAGUACAAUUCAUUCGAAUCGAUCAUUACCGAUAGAUUCUGACCAUUAUGCGAUAGUGCACAGUCGCCCGGGAUCGAGACAUUCCGGACUGCAUGGUCACCGUCCACGAGGGCCAUCAAGUAACAUGUAAAUCAGUAGGACAAAACAGUAGCAGUACUACCUUUUACACCACUGUUCUUCUCAAGCACACUAUUUCUGUUCGUUCAUUGGAUGCAAAAAAAAGUUAUAUUCGAGAUUACAUUAAUAUCUCUGAAAUAUUUCAGAGUCAAUAAGUUCUCUUAUUGAAAAUGUUUGUUCGGUAGCUAACAAAUCAUGCCCAUAUUUGACAUAGAAAGGAGUACCAAGAGGGCUUAGGUGUGUUGUAAAUAUUUGGCAAUUUUAGAGAAAAUCGUGAAAUUCAAUUAGAUACUCCGAGAACAUAUUAAAAAUAAUAACGAAGACAAAACUAAAGAUUUCAUUCGAUAUUUCAAUCAUGUUUUAAUUUGAGUUAAUUGUUAAAUAUACGCAAACGUCCACAUUCAAUACAAUUGAAUUAUGUUUAUAAGAAUAAUAAUUGCUGACAAUCAAAAAGCAAAUGAAUAGUAUUAUUUACAAUCGAUUACUGAAGCUUCCCGGUACAUAAUACAUAUAAAAAAAAAUUUAGGAAUAAGCGGAAUUGAACAUAAUAAAAAUGUAACAUAUCGUUGUAAAAUAAUGAAAUAUAGAUGUAACAAAUUAACAA